CUAAGUUGUCCAUGCUGGCAGACUCGUCCCUCACCGCUAACUCAUCUUUAACAGCAUCCUCUAACCCUGUACGAAAAACUCCCUGGAGAGCUGAGUCGUUCCAACCAACCUCAGCUGCUAGUGUACGAAACUCAACUGAAAAUUCGGCUACACUACGGGACCCUUGUCGUAAGGCAAGAAGACGUUGUGACGCCUCCCUACCGCUGACCGGGUGAUCAAACACUUUCCUCAUCUCCAAUAAAAACUCUGGGAGUGAAAAACAAAGAGGACCCUGACCCUCCCAUAUAGCUGAACCCCAGGCUAGACCUCGAUCAGUGAGUAGCCCAAUAAUGUAACUUAUCUUGGCCCUGUCACAAACAUAUGUAGCGGGCUGCUGCUCAAAGUCUAGCGAACACUGUAACAAAAAAAACCUACAUGUCCCCAAGUCUCCUGAAUAACGAUUGGGAGUGGGAAUGUUAGGCUCACGUGCUGGAGGAUGAGGCUAAAGUCUCCAGAGGGUUGGUCGGAGCAGAAGGCGUGAGGUGAGUAGAAACCAGGCUCAGCUGAUGUCCCAGCUGUGCCAUGUUGGUAGAUAGUGAUUGAAUAUUGUUCAUUACCUCACGGAGUGAUUGGUCAUGGCGACCCACGAGAACACCCUGGUUAGCGAGAGCCUCACGGAGCGAGUCAGUGUCUGCUGGGUUCAUGUUGGCCAGAUUGUUCUGUUAUGUGUACGUCCAGAGGAGACCCAGGCGCAGAACACUAGACUCUGGAAACGGAAAGUUUGUGUCCAUGACGCUUCGGCCCACACCGACAGUGUUCCCUGAACUUCUCACCUGGGGGGGCUGUGCCUCCUUCGUGGCUAACUUCCUGUCUCUGGACCCUUUGGAGCCGCCUGAAGGCCUGCCCAGGUAUUUGUUCUCCUCCAGCUCGGUUCUGCAGAGUCAGAGAGCCACAUGUUUUGAAUGUGCCACCCUGCUGUGCAGCCUGCUGCUCGGGGCCCACUACGACGUUUACUGUGUCAGCGGCUACGCUGUCAAAGAGAUGUGUCUGCUGGACCAGAGUCUGCAGGAGUGCCCCCUGCUGGACACUGAGGUCAAGAGUGUGAUCUCAGAGCAGGAGCCGCAGGAGAACAAAUACACAGUGAAACCUCUGAGGGAGCUGAAGAGUAACUUUGUGACGCAGCAGGAGAAGAAGAAACAGGAUGCAGAGGCUGCGAGGUUUCAGAAACACAAACUACAGGAGAGUGAGCAGCGACCUGCUGACCCCCUGCGAGGACUGCGGGUGCACUGUUGGGUGCUGGUGCUGUCAGGGAGUCGGAGCGUCCAGGAGAACUUCUUCAUCGACCCGCUGACCGGGAACAGCUACACCACUGACAAUGACAACUUCCUGGGCAUCGAGAGCGUGUGGAACAAUCUCAACUACUACGUCAACAUGCAGGACUGCAGGAACGGCUGCGCUGAUAUGGUGUAUGACCUGGAAGACUUAAAGAUAUGGGAGCCAGUCCUGUUCGGUGCAACCUACAAAAAGCAGCUGAUUCUUGAUGUGUUGAAGAAAAAGGAGAGUAAGCUGAUGAGCAAAAUCACCAAUGAUGUGGAGGAGGAGGAGCAGCCCCGAGCUUUUGAGAUGCCACGAUCCUGGGUCAGUGACAUCCCGAUCUCAAAACAAGACCUGGAGACCUGCUGGCCGGGAACACAGAAGGUGACCCAGUACAGAAAAGCAAAGCUGGAGAAGUUUGCACCGGACCUGAUGUCAGACGGGCUGAUCACACGACUGACUACAUACAAAGACCUGAACUGCACUGAUGUCGUCAUGGUGAAGGAGUGGUAUCAGCACAGAAACGACCACCUGGAGGAGAGGGAGGUCAACGAGGUCGACAGCUUCAUCACAGAAAGCUUCAAACGUGUACAACGUUUCCACCUUUUAUGUAAAUCCAGUUAAAACUUCACUGAACCAAAGACACAUGUAACUGACCUGUAGCACACAUCUGUUUACAAACAACAACAAAACAAACUGAAACAUAAUGGAGCGUCUUCAACCCUCAUUCAGUAACGGUUGUUUUAUGUGGGAUAACUAAAUGACAUUCUUUCCUCCUCCUGUUGUUAUACUGUGUCCGCCAUGUGCGUAGCUUCCUCUGCGUGCUCACAAUCUGGCAGCUGCUCGCUACGUUUUUACAGAUGUUCAUUUCAUUUGUUCAUGUUCAUUAUGCAGCACGGCUGACACUGGUACCAGAUAAUGUAUGUGAGGCACGGUGUACUUUGUGAAGCAAGUGUUUCAAACUCUGCAGGAUAAUAGAGCUCGUUUUUGACAUUAAACAUAAUUAAUAUUUGUGUCUAACUUGCCUUCAGCUGUAGGAACACUGUAAUAACACUUCUGAAAAUAUGAGUUAGCCAGAAAGUACAUUUUUCAUCUGUAGUCCAAUAAGUAAAAGCACAGAC